AUGAAGUACGCCGUUGGGUUGGUCGUCGUUGUAUUUUGUUCGUUGAGGUUCUCCGCCGGAGGAUUCGUCGAAUGUGACCUUGAUCUUGACGAUCCCGCUAUUCUAAAGCAGCUCCCGGAAGAGUGUCAAAAUGUGGACGAAGCGUCGAGAGUGCUGUUUUUGAAGGAGACGGAAAGUUUCAAAGAGUUCCACAGGAAGCUAUCCGCUUAUGAGGCCUCGAAAGGGCUGGAUACGGUUGACGCGAUCUACAUGGAUAUGGACUUCCGACGGGAGCUGUAUACGUAUGCUGGAUUGCAUGAGUGCAUGGACAUAAAGGAUUCGUUAGAGGAAUAUGUGCAGUGUCUUCUAGAGAAACGUGCCCAGAUGAUUACAUCGAUCGACGCCAAAGCUUAGCGUAAGCUUUGAGCGUAGAAGAGGUUUUUUAAUCCUGUAUCAUGUUGUACAAGCUGUCCAUGGUUGUAACCGCCCCUUUGUGUUUGUUUAAAUUGGAUGAAUCGAACUGAAUCAGGAUGAUCAGGAAUGAUAGCAGUGCUACAAAGAUCUGUUAAAUGUUUGGAGUAGAUAAGAGGAAUUUUAGAGAGGAUUUGUUAAUAAAUGUCGAUCUUAGAAAUUUCGUACCGAAGACAAAGAAGAUAGCUCCAGCUUCAGCAUUCCCAAGGCCCAGUACGCCACAUCUUUCCUGUUCAAAGUUAAAAUACCAAAUCGAGCAAGCUAUGCCAUAAAGAAACGCUUGUAUUAUUUAAACAAGUGAGGAUCACUUCUUAUCAACGCUACCUUUGCCUCGAUGCGUGCAUCCCCACGCUGGGACAGUUGAAACAUCGUUAAGCCAAGCCGAGAUUGCUGCAGACAGUUAAAAUGUGGUUACAAUAAAA